UACCAGAUCAAAUCUCUACUAAUAGUGACAAAUUUUCUAUUCAUAUAUCUCCACAAGAAUUUCAGCUUAAUGUUCCAAUAGAUACUCUACAUGAAAAAUGGUUUAAAAAUCUUACCGAUGUUCCUAUCCCUGAGCAGGUUAGAUUUCUCUUACAACUCGGAGAUCGGUUUAACAUGCCAGUUACUUUUAACAAUAAACAGAAAUAUGUUGUUGAGUACAUUAAGCAUAUCGAGAGGAACAUUAGUAAGGUAGACGCAGCGAUACAGCAUUCUGUUAGAAGUCACUCCACAUCGAUCAUUAAUGAUUUCAUUACUAGCGGCAUAAAAAAAGAUUCUGUAGAUACCAUUCUUGUAACUUGGUUGAAUGCCACUAAACAAUUCGUCAAAGAUCACCCGGAAAUACUUUUCACUCGAGCCGACAAAGGUAAUAUCACCGUGGCGAUGAAGGUUUCUGAUUACCAUAUCAAGAUGGACGAAUUAUUAUCAGACACGGACACUUACAUCACCAUUAAGAAGGAUCCAUCUAAAGGUUUAAUGAGGGAAUUACGGGAUCUAUUGGUCAGACGGAGGAGGAACGAAUACAUUUCGGAGAGAACUUACAAAUCACUACUGUCUACAGACGGCGUACUUCCAAGAGCGUACGGCUUACCGAAGGUGCACAAAUUAGAAUGUCCGCUCAGAAUCAUUGUUUCAUCUGUCAACAGUCCUCUCUUUAACAUCGCUGAUUUUUUACAUAAAAUAAUACAAAAAAAUAUUGAUCCACCCAAGAGUCAUAUACAAAAUAGUUUUCAACUGGUCGAUGAAUUGUGUAACAUCGAAUUAGAACCAAAUUACCAAUUGGCUUCUCUCGAUGUUAUUUCUCUAUUCACGAACGUACCACUGGACUCAGUUAUACAUAGUUUAAAAAAUAGAUGGAACAGUAUUUCUGGCCACACCCCUCUAACUUGCGAGGAGUUUCUCAUUGGCAUUCGGCUGGUGUUGAACUCAACUUAUUUUAAGUUCAAUAAUCAAGUAUACAAACAAAUUUUCGGUACUCCGAUGGGCUCCCCUCUGUCUCCUAUCGUUGCGAGCAUUGUUCUUCAGGACUUAGAGGAGGCGGCUUUAAAGAAACUUUCCUGUACUCUACCAAUAUAUUAUAGAUAUGUCGAUGACAUUUUGCUGGCCGCCCCCUCGGACGCAUUUGAUCAUGUUCUCAACGUUUUCAAUUCCUUCCACAAAAGAUUAAAGUUCACCCUCGGAAUCAGUUCAAACAAUCAAAUUAAUUUCCUUGAUGUUUCCAUUAUGGUGAGACAGAACACUAUAUAUUUCGAUUGGUACCACAAACCAACUUUUUCCGGCAGAAUAGCUUACUCCUGCCACCAUCCUCUCAGAAGAUUCAUUAAGACUGGCAAAGAUAAACUAGAAAAGUUAGCUCAUAGUGAUGUGGUGUAUAAGAUCCCUUGCAAGGACUGUGAUGCCACAUAUGUUGGUCAAACAAAAAGACAAUUAGGAACCAGAGUCAAGGAACACUACAACGACAUUAAAAGGAAUCUCGCAUCCCCCUCUGUCAUAUCUUGCCAUAGAAUGGACGCUUCACAUGAAUUUGAUUGGGAAAGCGUUUCUAUUCUUGACGAGGAACCUUCAUACCAUAAAAGAUUGAUCUCAGAGAUGAUACACAUAAAAAGACAGGUCAAUUCUCUUAACAAUCAGACACAGAACUACUAUCUGAAGAAUACCUACCAAUUUUAA